CAAGAUGGCGUCCAUGCUGCUACAGACCUGCGGCCGGCGGGCCUGCCGCCUGCCCCGAGCGCUGCGCCGCCAGCCGCGGCUGGGAAACUUGGGAGAUCGGGCAUGUCUUAGCUGUACAUCCCUGAGGCUGGCAAACAAAAUGGCUGUACACUUUAAAUAUUGCACUAGUGUCCCUCCUGUUUACGCAUACUCCAAAAAAGGUCGCUACUGUUGUUGGACUAAAGGGUCUGAGCAAAUCUAUUUUACCUUUACGAGCUCUUCUGGCUCAUGGACACCGCUAGCAACCAUGGGUGUUUUAGGUCCCCAGUAUCUUCCAGUCAGAUGGUGGCACUCUUCACUUCCCCUUCAAGAUGACUCCAUAGUUGAAAAGUCACUGAAGUCCUUAAAGGACAAAAACAAGAAAUUAGAAGAAGGAGGUCCUGUGUAUAGCCCAACAGAAGUGGAAGUUGUGAAAAAAUCUCUUGGAGAGAGGAUUGUGGAUGAACUGAAGCAUUACUACCAUGGUUUUCGAUUACUGUGGAUUGACACAAAAAUAGCUGCAAGGAUGCUCUGGCGAAUCCUUCAUGGAAACACUUUGUCUCGUCGAGAACGGAGACAGUUUCUUCGAAUAUGUGCUGAUCUUUUCCGCUUGGUCCCUUUCCUAGUUUUUCUCGUUGUCCCAUUUAUGGAAUUUUUGCUUCCAGUAGCUCUGAAGUUGUUCCCUAAUAUGCUUCCCUCCACAUUUGAGACAAAGUCUAAAAAGGAGGAAAGAUUGAAGAAAGAAUUGAGAGUAAAGCUUGAACUGGCUAAAUUCCUUCAAGAUACAAUUGAGGAGAUGGCCUUAAAAAAUAAAGCAGCCAAAGGAAAUGUUACUAAAGAUUUUUCAGCAUUCUUUCAAAAGAUCAGGGAAACAGGCGAAAGACCCAGUAAUGAGGAGAUCUUAAGGUUCUCUAAACUGUUUGAAGAUGAGUUGACUCUGGACAAUCUAACCAGGCCACAGUUGGUGGCACUUUGUAAAUUGUUGGAACUUCAGUCAAUUGGGACAAAUAACUUUCUCCGCUUCCAGCUGACUAUGAGGUUGAGAAGCAUAAAAGCAGAUGACAAAAUGAUUGCUGAAGAAGGAGUUGAUAGCCUGACUGUUAAAGAACUGCAGGCAGCUUGUCGUGCUCGAGGUAUGAGAGCUCUUGGUGUGACAGAGGAACGUCUUAAGGAACAGCUUAAACAGUGGCUAGAUCUGCAUCUGAACCAGGAAAUUCCUACAUCGUUGCUUAUUUUAUCCAGAGCCAUGUAUCUUCCAGAUACCCUUUCUCCAGCUGAUCAGCUCAAAACAACACUUCAGACACUACCAGAGAGUGUUGCCAAAGAGGCUCAGGUCAAAGUGGCAGAAGUUGAGGGUGAAAAAGUAGAUAACAAAGCACGACUGGAAGCAACACUUCAGGAGGAGGAGGCCAUCAGAAAAGAAAACGAAGAAAAGGCGAUGGAAAGAAUAUCUGAAGCUGCAGAGAAAGCCAAAGAAACCCUUCAAGUUGCAGCUGUGAAAGAGGUGGAAUCAGCAGUAGAUCUUGAAGCACCUGCUCUGCAAGUUAAAAAAAGUCAGAUGGCUGUGGAUACUGAACAAGAACUGGCAAGGGCAGAAAUGGCCGUGCACUCAGAGACACUGAAAGAUACAGCACCAGUAUUGGAAGGCAUUAAGGGCGAGGAAAUCACUAAGGAGGAGAUUGACAUGCUGAAUGAUGCUUGCACCAAACUGCAGGAACAGAAAAAAUCACUAACAAAGGAAAAAGAGGAGCUUGAGGAAUUGAAGGGUGAUAUCCAGGAGUAUAAUGAGGAUUUGCAAGAGAUAAAAGAGCUCUCUAAAACUGGCGAGAAAGAGGUAGUGGAAGAGUCAAAAGCAAGCAAGCGAUUGACCAAGAGGGUGAACCGAAUGAUUGGACAGAUAGACAAAAUUAUUAAUGAAUUAGAGACAAACCAAAAGAAAGUGGAUGUAAGACUGGACGGUGGUGAUAGUCCUCCUGCUGGAUUGUGCUUCCUCUUCAGGGAGAAUCUCAUCAGUAUUACUGAGCUAAUUAAUGCGAUGAAACAAAUUCAGAAGAUUCCAGAGGAGAAGCUAACUAGGAUUGCAGAGGCACUAGAUGAAAACAAGGAUGGCAAAAUUGAUAUAGACAAUGUUGUUAAGGUAGUAGAAUUGAUUGACAAAGAAGACAUUGAUAUAGGCACCAGCCAAGUUGCUGAGAUUAUGGCACUGCUUCAAAAAGAAGAAAAACUGGAAGAAAAAGAGAAAGCAAAGGAGAAACAUGAUAAAGAAGCUGCGGAAGCAAAGAAUUAAGCUUCAGAAUCUGAAGCUGAUCCUAAUUGUAACCAAAAACUUGUAUAUCUUUCUGUGUCUGAUAGCUACAUAUUAUUAAAGCUUUUGUGAUUAUGGAAAGUAUUUUGAGCUGAUUCUAGUAAUAAAUUGUAGAUAUGUUUUCUGACAUAUGGAAUGAAAUUUCCAUUCAUCAAUGAAGUGAUUUACUGUCAUUCCAUAGAGAGGAAAACAGAAUAUGCUUCUUUAGCAGUGCUUCUGCCCACAAAAUCAUGUAUUUGCACUCAUUGUUGUGGUACAGUGAUCCAUUAAAAUUGCAAGUUUGAUGUAUAAAUUGUGUCUAUAAUGGAAAACUGGUUCUCAUUUAUUUCCUUUCCUCAUUACAUGGAGCUCAGCCUUGCUCUGCUUCCAACUUUUAGCUUUUGCAGAACUUAAUACAAACUUUCCCUUCCAUUACAACAUUACAUAUUUUGUAACCUGUUAGUGAAGACUGGCUUCAGUAGUAGCUCUUUAGACUGACUUUUACUUAAACUAGGUAUCACAAAGCUAUUGCCUCACUGACAGAGAAUGUGGCAUUCUAAUCACUUACACAAAUUCAUGAUUAUUACUUUUUUUCUGUUGAAGGGAAAAUCAGACUUAUUUUUCCCUAGAAUGGAAACUUCCCAUGAAGUUUGCUUCUUAAUGGGUGCCUUAAAUUUCUUAAGACUAGGAAGUAGAGGAUGUUUGCUUCUACUCAAAAUUCCAUGAGUACUAAAGCAUUGGAAUCACAGGAGCCUUUAAAGUAGUUUCAGAACACAAUCUGUCACAUGGCAAAGUGAGUUAAAGUGUUUGUCUGAAUAGCAAAAUGAAAAUAAUCAUAAGGGGAAAAUGUCAGUUGUGAUCUUUUUUUAAAAACAGUUAUCUUUGCAUGUUUGUUUUCAUCUGAUAAUUAUUUACACCGUCACUAGUUUUCUUGCCUCUCAGUUUUCAUCUCAGGUAUAAAAUCACUAACCAGGUAUAGUCAAAGUACAUAAAUACUUUCAUCUCAUGGCCUUGCUUACUGUGCAAUCAACAAGUCAUGUCUCCUAUUGCCAGUGCUUUGAUUCCAUAAUUGGUUUUUUAAUUCAUUGGUUAUAGUUACUGUCUUUAACUGUGUGAUUAAAUGCUGACAUUAGGUCAAGGUUUACUCGUUAAUGUCUGUCCUUAGUCAAUUUUUAAGUUUGAAAUACCAGCUCUGGCAUGUUCUAUAAUUCCUGGUAGCCUACGUUUUCCACUCUUUCUUAAAAUCUCUUAUGAAAUGCACAUAGUAGGGCUUGAAUCAGCAGAGUUAUGGGUUGGUUUGUUUGUAUUUUUAAUUUUUUAAUUUUGCACCCAGUAUUAUAAAACAUAAGAACAUCCUUGAUCUUGUGUACACAAUAGAGAGCACAUCUUACAGUGGCGCUGUACACAGUGAUAUUGUGGUGGGCAGUUAGUACUUACUGCUUUUAGUCAUAGUUGCAUAUUUUCAUAUAAAAUGUUGACUCCCAAGUGUAUUUCAGCUUAACUCUGUGUUCAGUAUUUAUCUAGAUUGGCUAAAUUAUUUGUAAAAACUCAUUUGAAGUUAGUGGAACAAAAAAUGUUUUGACAGUCUCACGGCUUGCAUGAUGGACCAUUGUAUUUAGUUGUUUCCUAAGCAGGAUGUACAGUACAAUUAAUUCUAGAAAAAGGGUCAGUGUUUAGUUCAAGUAUUGAGUUCUUAUUCUGUACAGUUUGCAGAGAACCUCCUGAGAAUUACUGUAAUUGUGUCUGAAGUGUAAAAUUGCUGUGACAAAGCUGGAAUUUCACGUCAGUACGAUCUUUGCAGUUAGUGUACCCCUAAUGAAGGGCAGUAUUCUCUUCCUUGUAAAUUGAGAUUAACUUGGAGAUUUCAGCAUGAAAGCCAGUUUGCAGAUUUUGAAGAUAGGACUUAACUAGGUGCUUUUUUAGGCCAAGACUAGACUAAAACCAAUUUCAUGAGAAAGCAGUUUUUAAACUAAUUUUACUUUGUAAAAAUUGUAACUAGAACAAAUGGGCUUUUGAAGUACACUAAAUUUUGCGGGUGCAUAUCUUCAGUUUGAAAACAGCAUACAGUAAUCUUACUUAACAUUCCUGAAACAUGAUAAGGACACUCUAAAAUGGACUGUGACCUUUCAUGGAAUAUCAAAAACCUAAGGAUUGUCUGCUACAGGGAUGCAGCAGGAAAAGCUGUUUUCAAAGAUUUCUUGAUUCAAGUUUUACAGAGCUUUAACUAUCCUUAACAGCAAAUUAUCAGAUUUUAGUAUUUGGGAGUUUAAGACACUUUGCUGCUGUUCUUUUUUUUGGUGUUUACUCUUCACUUAAAUUUUCUGUGGAUUAAAUAAGAAGGGAGCCAAAAAUAGUUGGGUUGUUUGGUUUCUUUUUAAAUGAAGAACGUUCUGAUGAAUAUAAUACGUUUAUUAAACAUGUUUAGCUUUGGGACUUAUUUGAAAUUGGACGUACUGUGAAAUUUUAACAUGUUACUUGAAAUACAUUUGAAUGUCAGUCACAAAUGUCAGUUUCCCCCGUUACCUAAAGCAUUUGAAGGAUGUCAUAAUCAACCACAGUGAAGCAUUUUCACAGGGAAUAUUUUCCUUCUGAUAGUGAAAGUAGGCAAGCCCAUGCUAGCUGGGCUUGAACAGCACAUGUUCUGCAACCUUAAAAAGAUAAGGAAGCCCUUGGUGACUCCCACUGUCCCAGUUGUGAACCUUCCUGAGCAGCUCUGUCCAGGAGGUACAGACAGCUCCAGCAAACUGAUGGCGUGAGGACUAGCUUCAGAUAACAUUCUUUGUUGUCUCUUGUGUUGACCAAAAACCCAGAAGCUGCAGUACUUUCAGAGAAAGGAUAACUUCGGAGUGUAUAGUAACUGGUCAGAACUUAUUAACUGAAUGAAUAUUUAAUCAGAAGAUGUAAAGUAUUUCUUUAAAUAUUUAAAAGCUGUGCAAGAUUUUGGUGACCUCGUGACUUACACAGGCAAAGCCUCUAAGCUCAGAGUUUGGUUAAUAGGUAAGACCAUUGCUGGUUGCUUCAUAUUCAAAUAAGAUCAGAUUUUUAUUAUAAACUAUUCAGGGGGAAAAGUGUAAAACGUAUUAAAAGCUUUUUUUAAAAAAUGAGUUUAGCAACGGAGUAAAGUAGGGUAUGAUUUCUUUUUCCUUUAAAACAAGCAGAUUAUAGGGACUAGUUUAUUGAAAAACUUGUUUCCAUUUCAUGUUAGUUCAAAAGGUGGUUUCACUGAGAUUUUCAUGGCUGAUUUUGCAUGCUGUGAGAGUAAAUCUGCCUGCAAGUUAUGUACCAGAAAGCUAAUUUAAUAGGUAGGUUGUCAGUAGGACUGCAUGCAGGUGGAGAAUAUUCUCUUGUCAGGAUAUUCCACUUAAUGUAGGCUUUGUUUGGGGGGAAAAUUACAUCUUUUAUACAACUCCAAAACACUUGUACCUUUGUAUCUACGUACCUUGCUAAUAAUUUAAACUUUAGCUACUUCAUAUAUUUAAAUAUUUUUAAAUUGUUUAUAUCAAAUGAUUUGGUAUAUUUAAUGAAAAGGAUAAUGCCAUAUUCUGUUCUUUGUAUGUAUCCCAUUUUCAGCCCCUAUUACAAAGUUAAGUUGAAAGUAAUUUGUUUGUGCUCUGAGCACACUGUUCCUGUGUUUGCCAUAAUGCAGUAUAAAUUUAUUUAAGUUAAUUGGAGCUUCUGUCCUCUGUUUAGUUAUAAUAAAUGUAUCAUUUUGGAACCUCA